AUGACAGGACCUGCUGAAGCCGAUGUACUUGGCCAAUAUACUUCUGACUUUCUCUGGGGAAAAGCAUCGGGUGCUGCAUUCAGACGGGAUGAUUGGCAAGCACGGCAGCCAACGGAGCACAAAGUUGUCGUACUUUUUGCCAGGUCCUUCAUCUGCGGACUCUCCAGCUAUUACCCCCGUGUCGACGAGUCUCGAACGACACAGCAACACUCUCAUCUCCUGCUCCGAACACGAUUUUCUUUCAGACUACUACUAGUCUACUACUACUACUACUACGACUAUGGCGCAUCUGCUUGA